AUGAGAGACGUUAUUAGCGCCAGGGACGCAGUUGGUAAGGAGGCGCAAUUCUUGUCGGCGGAGCCCCUCGAAAACCCUUUGAUGGGCAACUUGGAUCUCGGCUCGUGCUCCAAGUACGCGAGCUCCAAGAUUGUCCCAGUCACUAGCGACGAGUCAAACGCGAAGCAGUUGGAACUCCUCGAAUAA